UAAAAAAGGAAGUACACAUUAAAACUGUGUUCAGAAAGCAUUGGUAUUGUGACAUAAACAUGCGAUUUUUUUGGUUUUAUUCUAUUAUGUCACUAUCUACACCAGUAAUUAUAUUGAUAUUUUUGAUAAAUAUUAAUAUUCAGUUUUGUGAAGCAUCCUCUUUCUGGAGUUCGUCACAGAAAUCUAUGCAAAUAUCAACUCCAGAAGAAUGUGCACGUGAAUGCAAAGACGGAGAACAACCAAAAACUUGUUAUUAUCACUUUGUUCUUGAAUAUUAUACUUCGAAUAAUCGUGCAUGUGACUUUUGUGAACAACCACUAAAUAAUUCAGGAAUUACUUCAUUAUGCGAAUGUGUUAAAGGUGAUGGAAUUGAAAAAACAAUAUUUUCCAUUAAUCGUAUGAUUCCAAGUCCAAGUAUCCAGGUUUGCAAAAAUGAUUAUAUUAUCAUUGACGUACAAAACGAUGCUGAAGGUCUUGAAGCGAGUAUACAUUGGCAUGGAAUAUUUCAAAAUGGGUAUCAAUAUUUUGAUGGUGUACCAUUUGUAACGCAAUGUCCAAUUUUGUCAUCUAAUACCUUCAGAUAUCAAUUUAGGGUAAAAAAUUCAGGUACACAUUUCUAUCAUUCACAUAUAUCGGUGCAUAUGAUAGAUGGACAGUACGGAUCUCUUAUCGUACGCGAUCCGCCACAAUUAAAUCCUCAUUACGGAUCAUAUGAUGAGGAUCGUCUGGAACAUGUGAUUAUUAUCAGCGACUGGAUGCAUGAAUUAUCGUUAGAACGUCUUCCUGGUCGUUAUAGAACUAAUUCUGGCCAAACUCCGGACAAUUUUUUAAUCAAUGGCAGGGGAAAUUGGACGGAUCCUUCAUCUGGAACAAGCACAAAUGUUUUACUUCCGAUGUUUAUGAUUGAAAAAGGCAAAAAAUGUAGAUUUCGCAUGAUUAAUGCAUGCAGUACAGUUUGUUUGAUUGAAGUAAAAAUUGAAAAUCAUCCUAUGCAAAUAAUAGCUACAGAUGGUGAAAAUGUGAAGCCACGAGAUGCAGAUGCAAUUACUAUGGCUACAGGUAAUAUUUAUUUGACAUAUGUGUAUAUAAUGUGUAUAUACAGAGUGUUUCCGGUAUCUCGUAACAAAAUAAAACCAUAACCGCGCACCAUCAUCAUGUUCGAAGAGUCCGUCCACCGCUCCCUUCUUACCGCUUCGCCGCGCGCUGCUAUUAUAUUACAGUGAGAUCACUUUCGCCGCCGCGCGCUUCUAGCCACGCGCAUUGGCCGAUCUUUUUUAAUUAAUAUCUCGAAUUUUACGUGGUUUUUGCAAAAUGAUAUAAGACUUUUUAAUUU